UGGUUUUGGUCUCCGAUGCUUGGAGUAAAGUUGCAGAGAGCAGAGACGGAGCUCGAAGUUGUUGCAGAUCCGUUACGGAGCAUUUCGAUUCUGUUAAAAGGUUGUUAAAGAAGUUUUGCGUCAAGUCGCGUCCUGAAUCUGGCACUGAACAAGAAUCAAAGCGGUGUACUAUUUGUGGCCAGAAAUUCCUCCGCUACAUUAAUAGUCCUUCGGGAUGUAUCAUGUGCGGGAAGCCAUUGGAGCAGGUUUUCAAGCUUUCUUCUACUCAAGUUACAUUCUUUGAACCAUACCGCUGGACAGCUUUAACGCACCUUUCUUUUGACUACUUAGACAUGUGUUCUUGGCCCAUCUUCUUUCUUGUCCCUUGUAUUUUUGCGAGUAUCUGAAUUCUCUUCACCUCCAUUUUUUUGUGAAUUCCAUAUUGAAGCCAAGGGCCAGAAAACGUAGUGCCUAGUGUUCAGAGUGCGAGUUCAAACUCAUCUGAAACGGAAACUGAAUCAGCUGAAAAUGAGCUUAUCAUGUUGAGGGAUGCCUUGAGAAUUGCUGACGAAGGAGGUGAUGUGAUUGGCUUGGCUGCUCAAUUCUUUACAACGGCAGUUGAGCAAAGUUUCACUAAACGAUACAGAACUGAACUAGUAAGGGCUUCCUGCCUCUACUUGACUUGCAGGGAGAAGAACCUUCCGUGUCUUCUUAUUGAUUUUUCAAGCUACCUUCGGGUUAGCAUUUACGAGUUGAGUUCAGUGUACUGGCAACUCUGUCUGAUACUGAACAUUGCUAAAGUUUGGGAUUAUGAAAAGUUUCUUGAUCCUUCAGUUUUCAUUCCUAGCAUCUCAAAAGGCUUAUUGAAAGAAAAUAAUGAGGAAGCUGUCUUGAAAACAGCUAGAGACAUUAUAGCUAGUAUGAAGAGAGAUUGGAUACAGACCGACUGGAAAUGUAUUGAUAUAUGUGGAGCAGCGGUUUACACAGCUGCCCUUUCUCAUCGUAUCAACUGCUCAAAGACAGACACUGUAGACGUAAUGCAUCAGUUGGGAGGCGCUGUAACCCAAAGACUGAUUCAGUUUGGAGAUACUCACACUGAAAGUUCAAAUGUUGAGGAGCUCACAGAAAAAGAAAUGAAAUUUUUGACUAUGAAACUAACGUCUAUUCACGAAAAUCGGGUGCUAUGUAUGCAUGCGGGUGAUGGAUCCAAACUUUUUGGUUAUGCGCUAUGUCAGAGGUGUUACAAUGAUUUUAUAAUUGUCUCCAGUGGACUUGUUGGCGGGUCGAAUCCUUCUGGUUCCCUGGCCGUAGAGGAAGGACGGAUUGAUGAUGGCUGUGAAAUGGUUGAUGUGGGGGUGUUUGAAGACUCUAUACUAUUAGAAAGAAGCCAAAUCAGGAGCUUACUUGGAAAAUCUAUGAAGCGUGCAAAAGAAGCUUCUUCUCUAAUGGAGGGUUUGAAGCAAACAGGUGGCCCGCGUUUAGAAGAUGCCCACAAGAAAACUCAAGUAGCAAUCACAAGUCUUGACGCUGCCGUAAGCAUAGUGGAUGAGAGCAGUGGUGUGAAAACUCAAGUAAUGGAGGGUUUGAAGCAAACAGAUGCCCACAAGAAAACUCAAGUAGCAAUCACAAGUCUUGACGCUGCCAGAAGCAUAGUGGAUGAGAGCAGUGGUGUGAAUAUAGAAAGAAAUCAACAUCCGGAAGUGAGAUAUGGAAAAUUCUACGCGCGGAGGAAGAAGCAAUCUCCAUCCCCACAACAGUGAUCACGAUGAAACAAUUUAGAGUUUGUGUUUCAGUUCUGUAUAGAAAAUUCUCUCUGGUUUUUGUUGUGUCGAUGGUUGUGUUUGGUAUAUCAUUUUAGAGAUUCGUAGCGUUUGUGGUAUAAAAUACAAGAUAGACACCAAUUCAUAGGAGAAAUAAUACUUCAUCGCCCACAUCAAUAUCUCGCACU